AUGAUCGAUCCUGACGUGCUACUGGUGGAGAGUGAGGGGUCGAGUGAGGGAGAGCCUGAUUCUACCGUGGUGCGCUCUGACCGACCCCCCCUGGGCAAACUCUCAGCAAUUCGGGAGGAGGCGAGUUCGGGGUCGGAAGUUCUAGUGCUACUUCUGCUUUUACUAUUCACGAGUGUGCUGGGAUCUGAAAAUCACGUUAACAAUCUGGAAGAAUGUUUCCAGGAUCCUGAAUACGAAAAGUGGUUGGCUAUUGCCAAACAUGGACUAGGAAGGACCUUGAAGCCUAAGAGUAUUGUGAUUGUCGGAGCAGGAAUAAGUGGAUUGACUGCUGCCAAAUUACUCAAAGAAGCUGGGCAUCGGGUUGUGAUCCUGGAAGCCAGUAACCACGUGGGAGGGCGCAUUAAGACUCACCGAGAAGAAGGCUGGUAUGUUGAUUUGGGGCCUAUGCGUCUGCCCAAAGCCCACAGAAUUGUUCGUGAAUACAUUAACAAGUUCAAUCUUCGUCUAAACCCAAUGCAACUGACUAAUGAAAAUGCCUGGUAUUUAAUUAGAAAUGUCAGACACAAAAUGGCACCUGACAACCCUGAAAUCUUUGGGUACCAAGUUCAUCCCAAUGAGCGGGGGAAGUCCGCUGACCAGUUGUUUGAGGAGACGCUGGACAAGGUCACAGAAAACUGUACCCUUCUGAAGGAAAAAUACGAUUCAUUUUCCGUGAAGGAAUACCUCAUUAAGGAAGGAAAUUUGAGCAAAGCAGCUGUUGAGAUGAUUGGGGACAUCCUGAAUGAAGAAGCUGGAUUUCAUCACUCAUUUCUUAUUUCUGUUAUGAAACAUUUCAUCUUUUCAAAAAACAGUUUUGAUGAAAUUGUUGGGGGAUUUGAUCAACUUCCUCAAAGUUUCUUCCGGGAAAUGGUCAGAGUCGUCCAUUUUAAUUGCACCGCGGAGAAGAUACUUCGCGCCGGCAACAAAGUGAGAGUCUUCUACAAAUGGCUGGCCAGCUCUGUCCCAGCAUCUCUGAUUGCUGACUAUGUCCUCAUCACAGCUACAGCAAAGGCCACACGACUCAUCAAGUUUGUGCCACCUCUUUCAAUUCCCAAGUCUCGCGUACUGCGGUCUGUGAGUUAUGGAAGCGCUACUAAAAUUGCCUUGGUUUGCACUGAGAAAUUUUGGGAGAAUGAUGGGAUUCGAGGGGGGAGAUCAAUCACAGAUCUCCCGUCACGAGUGAUUUACUACCCAAAUCAUGAUUUCCCUAAUGGAAUAGGUGUCCUUCUGGCAUCCUAUACUUUGCAUGUUGACUCUGAUUUCUUUACUGCGCUCAGUGAGGAAAAGUGUGUUGAUGUGAUGAUGGAUGACCUUGCGGAAAUCCAUCAGGUACCUAAAGAUUAUCUCAAAUCGGUCUGUGGCAAAUAUGUGGUACAAAAAUGGGACCUUGACCAAUAUUCGAUGGGAGCAUUCAUCAUCUUCACACCAUACCAACAUACCCAUUUUUCUCAGAUACUGUCCCAGAAUGAAGGGAGGAUUUAUUUUGCAGGUGAACACACAGCUCAGCCACAUGCUUGGAUUGAUACUGCAAUGAAAUCUGCCAUAAGGGCAGCAAGUAAUAUCCACAAUGAGUAA